AUGCAAUGCACACGAAUCCUCACAAGGAACAUCCCCCAAGUCCGGCAACGACGCCAACUCCAAAACCCACGCAUGACUCUCGUCGCCAGCCCUGUUCCUAGUCACAACCCCACCAUUGACUCUGAACGUUUACCAUACCGACUCUACGAACUAUCGCUCAAGAAGAUCAGGAAAGAAGCACAUGCUGCCGAGCCAGAUCUACGACAUGUCAUAGCCGGCAUCUCAAUGCAAAAGGUCGUCGCUGGUGCUGUUCAUGAUGAUCUUCUUCAUCGAGUUGAUAUGCUAGAAGAAAAAGCGCCUUGCAGGUUCCCCGUUUUACCUGGUGCCGAUGAGCCCUGGGAACAUGAAGAACUCGCUUCUGAUUCGAGGCAUAAUCCUAAUGCUUGGGAUAUGGAAUCCCUUGAUCAGGCUUUAUGUGAGAUGGAGAUUGCUAGUCAGAAAGGGGAGGUUGCUAAAACCGUUUGUUGGCGGUUAAUUGGGGAGAUGUAA